UCAGCCACAGCCAGAAUGUUCAAAAAACUCAACAAAUUCAUCGUAAAUCAAAUGGAUCCAUACAAACAAUUGCAUCCUGUCGAGAGCAUCGUACACAAUGAGCACUUCAGGCCUCUCUGUCUACUGAUAAAAAAAAGAAAAUCAGACCGCAUAUUCCACCCAGCUUUCUACUACCAGCAGACAGGAUUCACACUGGAUGAUGUGCUGCUGCCUGGAAAAGAUGGGAAAAGCAUAGAUUCCCUCCAUCAAGAAUCCAGCCAAUUUACCCUCACAAAAGUCAGCGCUGACCAAGCUGAUGGAGGUUUCAGCAUUUCAUUUGACCCUGCAAGUGUAGAGCUGAAAGGAGGUGCUUUCUUUUCCAAAGGGUUUUCUAUCAAGCCACAGAAGAAGAGUGUACCAAUGCAAUCACUGGAGGCACUGAAAAGAGAAAGGAAAAUCAACAUGGAUCAUUCCUUCAUCCAACAGAUACAGAGAACAGGCAUCAGGCUGCACGUGGUCACUGAAAUCCUUGAGGCCUCAGAGGAGGCUGUCUACAAGGAAUCCAGCAAGGCAGACGGGGGCUUCAUGGCCAAAUUUUAUGCCACACUCUCUGCACAGGGCAGCAGAGAGAACAACCAAGGCAUAGUCAUACCCAAGGGCUGCACACUGGCCUUCGGGACCAUCCCACUACAUAUUAGAGAUGGAGCAUGGGAUGUAGCAGUGCACUCCUAAACUUUAGUGACAGGUUCGGUCUCAUUCUGAUUAACAGGUGCCUCAAUAGGAAAAUUAGGAGAAGUGGUGAGAAAUGUUAAAAACCACUGUCAAAUCUUCUCCAAGUUGUCUCCUGACCUGCUGCUCAUCAUCUUCAACACCAUCAAAGCUGUGAUGAGAGACAAGAACCUCCUUCAAGAGCUCAGCCAGAAAAUGGAAGAGGUUUCUGAGCAAAAUGAUGGUUAUGACCUGGAAACUGAGAGCCCAGACUUAAAAGACCUGUUCAGCUCCCUACAGCAUUGCCCAAGAGAUCGUCUCCUUCCGCUGGCAAUGGGAAUCACCUACGUCCUUGACGCUUUGCAUGAGUUAACGGAGCAUCAGCUGCUGCUGCUGCUGGAAUCCUUGGAAAGGAAGAUUGUGUCCCAACAGCUGAACCUGGUUGCACGCCUACUGACACGUAACCUGGGGUAUUGGACACAGAAUUUCCAUGUGGAUGCCACGCUGCUCUCCUUCCCACACAAGGAAGAACAGAUGUUAACCAUUGCCCUGGUGGAGCUGAGUGGAGUGCAGCUCCAGGAAGAUGGAUCAGCUGUCCCUAGGGAUCAACCCUUCGAGGCUGUGGCAGCCCUGUUCGUGGCCCUAUACGCCCUCAAACUUUUCAGCGGUUCCAAGUAGGAUGCACCUGGCCCUGCCCAGGAAACCUCCAAAAGACAUUGGGAAAUGUCCGCUGACAAGGCAAUUUUCUCUCCCAAUAUCACCCUUGUUAAUCCUCAAGGCUGCUUUAGCUGGCAAAAGAAAAUUUAAGGCAGGAAAAUUCAAUAUGGAUGCUAAAGGCUGGAUAUCAAAGUGGAUUUGUCUGUCUGUCUCCCCGUGAAUGCAGAAAGACAACAGGAAAAUCCACAAGUACAAAGAAUCACAGGCCUGGCUCCGGUGCUUCAUGUAAUCCUGCUUCCCUCAAAAUUAUGCUGCUGCUUCUGCAAUCAGUAAAUGGGAACGGGAAGGGCAAAGGCAAUGGGAAGGGAAUGCAGAGGGGAAAGGGAAAGGAAAGGAAAAAGGGAAAGAACAUACAAAGGCAAAAAUGAAAUGCAAAAGGAAAAGGGAGGAAAUGAAAAGGAAACACAUGCUAAAGGAAAACAUCAGCAGUGAUUCACCCGGGUCCCUCUCUGCUUCCGUGGGGACUUGAUGAACUGCUGGUGUCAGGAAGGUGGGGGAAUCCCAAAGGUUUCACUGUCACCUCUGGUCCCAUCUCGCUGAGACACUCAAGAGACACUGGCAGCACUCCAGAGAGAUGCCCCAAAUAUUCCCAUUACCACUUCAUCAAUAAAGAGAAGCUUCUUGCUAAGCAAUUUGGUGGUCUCAAAUGCUGUUUCUUCAUUCUGUGUCUUUUCCAUCCCAUGGCACACCUGACAACCUCAGGACUGAGGCUGUACCAGAAAUAAGGGCCCUUGAUGUGGAUACAGCAGUCUCAUGUAGAGAACUUUCUAAAAGAAAGCGUGAAAUUUUUCUUCACUCCUUUGUACAGUAUUCUAGCAGACACUAAUAAAACCAAAGUAUUCAGGUAAAAACUUGCACUUGAGUCCUGGAAUCUUCACAUGGAUGCCUUUUGCUGUCAAACAAGCAUGGCAAUGUACCCAGGAGACAUGGAAUGGCUCGGGUUGGAAGGCACCUUAAGGC